AAAUAGCAAGCCCCGGCGCUGGCUAUAAAAGACGGAGGCGUGCUCAGCGCCCCCAGAACUCGUCAAAGCCCCGUUCGGGAAGGAGCCGCUCAAGACACCUGCGCCAGCCCCCCGCCAGGCCGGAGCAGCCCGGACACACACCUGCAGGCCCCGGGGUGGGCAGGGGAAACCGGGACCUGGCUCCCGGCACCAGUGACCGGCAGCUACCGUCGCCCUGCAGGAUGGAGGAUGAUUUCCCCAGCCAGGUCAAGAAGAUGGCGCUGGCCAUGGGCACGUCGCUGACGGACAAGGACAUCGACCUGCUGCCCACGGACAUGCGGCACCAUGCCUCCUUCAACUACACCAAGUUCUUCGAGUACAUGCAGAAGUUCCAGACGUCGGGUGCGCGGGAGGAGCACAUCCGCAAGGCCUUCCAGAUGCUGGACAAGGACAACAGCGGCUUCAUCGAGUGGAACGAGAUCAAGUACAUCCUGUCCACCAUGCCCAGCAACAUGCCCGUGAUGCCCUUAUCGGACGAGGAGGCCGAAGCCGUGAUCCAAGCAGCUGACACGGAUGGGGACGGGCGCAUUGAUUUCCAAGAGUUCUCCGACUUGGUCACGAAGGAGAAGCUUCCCAAGAAGAAGUGAGGUGGGAAGAGGGACGAGAGCCACUACUGCCCGGGCGCCUCCUGCUUUGCGUGCAGACCCCGCGUACACGGACGCUUGGCCACCGUGGCCUGUAGACUACAACCCGGCUGCGCGGCGCGGCUCAGGGGCUU